UCACAUCAGGAGAGCAUCUCACUCAGCUAGCAGACUCUGAUCAUCUCUAUUGAAAUCCAGGCCUUUUGAACAUCAUCAUGACCACUCUGCCUGAAGCCAAUGCCAAAUUUGCCAUCAACACUUACCAUAGACUGAGGGAGGAGCAUCCAUGUGAGAACCUUCUGUUUUCCCCUGUGAAUGCUACCUCUGCUCUUGGUCUGCUUGCCUAUGCAUCUGGAUGUGAACAGGCAGCUGAGAUUGAGAAGGUCUUGCAUUGGGAUGAAGUUAAUGAGUGUAUCGGAUCCCUAAACAGAAGAUACCUGGGAGCAAUCAGAAGCUUUGGACGAUCAGCAACAAUGUUCAAGGUACAAGAAAAAGAAGAAGCUUGCCAACAUGCAAGACGUCCUGAACCAACUUGCUCAAGACCAAGACAACAUCAAGAACCAUCUCGUCCUGAACCAACCUGCCCCAGACCAAGACAACAUCAAGAACCAUCUCGUCCUGAACCAACCUGCCCAAGACCAAGACAACAUCAAGAACCAUCUCGUCCUGAACCAACCUGCCCAAGACCAAGACAACAUCAAGAACCAUCUCGUCCUGAACCAACCUGCCCCAGGCCAAGACAACAUCAAGAACCAUCUCGCCCUGAGCCCACCUGCCCCAGGCCAAGACAGCAUCAAGAACCAUCUCGCCCUGAGCCCACCUGCCCCAGGCCAAGACAACAUCAAGAACCGUCUCGUCCUGAACCAACCUGUCCCAGGCCAAGACAACAUCAGGAACCGUCUCGCCCUGAACCAACCUGUCCCAGGCCAAGACAACAUCAAGAACCAUCUCGUCCUGAACCAACCUGCGAUAGGCCAAGACAACAUCAAGAACCAUCUCGUCCUGAACCAUCUUGUCCCAGGCCAAGACAACAUCAGGAACCAUCUCGUCCUGAACCAACCUGUGCCAGGCCAAGACAACAUCAAGAACCAUCUCGUCCUGAACCAACUUGCGCCAGGCCAAGACAACAUCAGGAACCAUCUCGUCCUGAACCAACCUGUGGCAGGCCAAGACAACAUCAAGAACCAUCUCGCCCUGAACCAACCUGUGAUAGGCCAAGAGCCCGUCCUGAGCCAGUCUGCCACACUGAACCAGAUUGUCCUGAAAGAGAUGUUCCAGAUUAUGAGUGUGAUUCACCUGAUGGAAUCCACACUGCAUUCAGCAAAAUCCUUGCAACCCUGAAUGCACCCAGCACCAACUAUACUCUGAGUUUUGCCAACAAGCUCUAUGGAGACCAUGCCAUUGCCUUUAUCCAGAAAUUCAUUUAUUGUGCUUUGAAGCUGUACUGGUCACAUGUGGAGGGAGCAGACAUCCAUGAUGCCCCAGAGGAAGUGAGGAGAAUCAUAAACCUUUGGGUUGAGGUCCAGACACAUGGUAAAAUCAAGUGCCUCCUCCCCAAGGACAGCUUUGAUUGUCUUCUUCAACUGCUGAUGGUGAAUGCUCUCUACUUCAAGGGACAAUGGGAGGUCAAGUUUGACAAAGCACUUACCAUAGAAGCCCCAUUCUACCCACACUGUUCAGAUGUGAAAGAAUGCUACUCUGUGCAGCUGAUGAACAGGAAGGGUGUUUACAACACAGGCAUCCUUGAUAUUUGCAGUACUCAGGUGCAGGUGCUUGAGAUCCCCUACAAAAACCAUGAACUGAGCUUGUACAUUCUGCUCCCACUAGACUGCAGCCAAGAAGCCCUUGAACAGCUGGAAGAAGCUCUUACCCAUGAACAUCUGCUUGAGUGGUCCUGCCACCUGAAGCCUGAGGAGGUAGAUGUUUUCAUCCCCAAGUUCAGUUUGGAGAAGAGCCUUUAUCUCCAUGAAUACCUGGGUCUGCAUGAUCUCUCUGAUCCUGAGAAGGCUGAUUUCUCUCGAGCUACAUGCACAGAAGGAGCAGCUCUUACUCAGUUUGUCCAUGACACUUUUAUUGAGAUCGAUGAGGAGGGUGGUGAAGAGGCAGAGGCUCCACGUUGCCGGGAUAGGCGUCAACAUCGGGAAGUCCUUGAGUUUGUAGCCAACCAUCCCUUCCUGUAUUUUAUCCACCACAAUUGCACCCAGAGCCUAAUUGCUCUUGGUAGAUUUGCUAAACCAGAAUAAAGGAACACUUGUGAUCAAUGUAAGGAAAUAAAUGGAAAAUGUAUUUGGAUGACCCUUUAUAGAAGAUGGCAGUCCUCUGAAUCUCCUUCUUUGCUUCAUUCUCUGGACUGCCAGUUGUUGUAGAGGCUGGGGCAAAGAAACGUUCUACUUGGUGGUGGGUCUAAUUCUCACAUUAGGACAAGGAUGCAUUAAAAGCAUCAUGUUCUGCCUGCUUGCUCUUUGCUCCUCUGAUCAUUUAGAUCUGUUUAACUUUUUAAAAGGAUAUUCUUCUUCUUGAUCUUUGGAAAUGGUCCCAGCUACCUGUUUAUCCCGUGGUAGCUGAUUAUAUUUAAAUAUAAGUGGAGUGGGAUGGAUUUUGUCUCUUCAUGAAAGAUAAUAUUCAGAGGUACAGUAUCCUCCAUCAGUGUAGCAUUCUUUCUUUGUCCUAUUCAGUUGUUAGAAGGGCCAGUUUCUUGGGAGAAUAAGGUCACCUUGAAUAAACUGCAAUGAAAUAGUACACUUUUAAUGUAAUGUGCUGGCUUCAGAUGUCUUUAUAUCUAGUACAAAAAGACCAAAUAAUGUUGGCAGUUCUCUGGACCAGUACUCAUCUGGCAAAGGAAAGCAAUACAUCAAAGAGAUAGAAGUUGGGGCUAGGUAAAUGUCCCUUUCUUCUUCGAACUUACAGUCUUCUUCUUGUUUUACAAUGCAUUCUGUUUGAAUAAUCAAAACACCUUCUUGGAGAUUUUGCCAUAUUUUAAUGCUUGAAAUCAGAAACCUGUUCUCAUUCUAUCUUCAUUUUCCUGAAUUUAUGGCUCAUAUCUAUGGGACAUGCCCUGUGUAAACAUAGAUGGAAUGUCAUGUGAAGCUUUAAACUGCAGAAUAAAUAUUUAAAAGUAAAACUCUUACUGUGUUUCUCAUAACCCUAUGCUUUCUCUUGCAAUAUGUGAAAAUCUGUUGCAUUUCUCCUCUCAACCUGAAUGGUAACUUCUCAAUAUCUUAAUAAACAAAGCAUUGAUUAAA